AUGCUCCGAUCGGUAUCGAAAACUAGCGACUAGCACGCAAUGACCACUUUCCCGGUGCUAGGUUACAUCGUCGUACGUCCUUCACGGCAGACGAUUUCUUCCAGUGGAAACAACACCAUGCAGCACAUCAUUCUCUGGCUUUCCGUUCUGAUCAGUAUUGCAAACGGCGUUUUUGUAGUGGAAGUUAAUAGACUGUUUAAGAGCUGCGGCAACCCACGGAAGGCCGCACCAUUCCCGUUGGAUUUCUCCAAGAUGCAGUUAUAUCUUGCCGAGGACGAACGGCUCGUCAUGAAUGGAGAGGUUAAAUUUACUCAGCACAUCUAUCCACCGUGGGGCGUAUCGAUAUACACCCAUAAGCUAGAUCAUGGCGAAUGGCACCCAACGCCGUACACCAAGAAUGCGUUUAAUCUCUGCUUGGAAAUGCACGCCAGUACCGAAAUUUGGUAUCCAGUUACGAAGCACUUGAACCAAACGAGCUGUCCUUACCGGAAGGGGCACGUGGAAAAGUUCGAUAUGGUCGAUAUGGGAAGCUUCGGGUUUGAUGAUGUGUUGGGUGAUCUUGUUGGGGAAUGGAGAGUGUUCGUUGAUUUCAGUUUAGGAACGGUUCCACACAAGGUGCAAAUUUCCUGCAUUAUGAAUGAAAUUUCCAUACUGGAACACUGAGGUAGUAC